UUUAAACACUGGAACAUCACUUUCUCCCUCUCAAUCCAUCACUGCUCCAUUGGAAGGCUUCACCCAGAUCUGGCAUUUCUUUUGUCCAGUCAACAUACCCUUCAAGUGCUUGGAGUUGUAUUACUCUACAAACUAAACUACACUGAGACUUGGCUAUGUUUUUGACAAGCAAUGUCCACCGUGCUCCUUUGCAUGUGAGUGUGUCUUCUCUAUCCCAAUUGAACUCCCAAAGUGUCUUUUCUGUGAAGUACGCUGUAAAGUUGUUGAAAAAGUUAGCUGAUGAUGGGAACUUCAAAUUGGGAAAAGUUGUCCAUGCACUUCUUAUUGUAUCUAAUCAUGCCUCAGAAGACAACGUAAUUCAGAAUAAUUGUCUCAUUAAUCUCUACUCAAGGUGUGGACAACUUGCUAUGGCUCGGCACAUAUUCAACAGAUUGCAGCAACGAAAUAUAGUUUCUUGGAGCACUUUAAUGACAGGAUAUUUGCACAAUGGGUUUACUUGGGAAGUACCCAAAUUGUUGAAAGACAUGGUUUCAGUGGAUAAUUUAUUUCCAAAUGAGUAUAUCUUGUCUACUGUACUUUCUUCUUGUUCUAAUGGUGGUUUGCUACACGAAGGGCAGCAGUGUCAUGCAUUAGUGUUGAAAUCAGGAUUAGUGUUUCAUCAGUAUGUGAAGAAUGCUCUUCUAUCCUUGUAUACAAUGUCUUCAGAUAUGGAAGGGGUUCUGGAAAUCUUGAAGUCUGUUCCUGGAUCAAGCAACAUUACUGAUAAUGUUGUACUAAAGGGCUUCUUGGAUCAUGGGUAUAUAAAUGAAGCAUUGGAUGUCUUCUCAAGGAUGUUGUCUGAGGGCUCAGUGGGGGACAAAAUCAGCUAUGUGAAUAUAUUUGGUCUUUGUGCUCGUCUCAAGGAUUUGAAAUUGGGUCAGCAAGUUCAUUGCAGAAUGUUGAAGUCGGGUCUUCAGCUUGAUGUGUUUUUAAGCAGUGCAGUCAUGGACAUGUAUGGAAAGUGUGGUGAAAUUUUAGGUGCAAGAUAUAUCUUUCAUUCUUAUCCUGACCAUAAUGUGGUGUCUUGGACAACAAUCUUGGCUGCAAAUUUCCAAAAUGAGUGCUUUGAGGAAGCCCUGAAAAUGUUCUUACAAAUGGAACUUCAGAAUGUUGUGCCAAAUGAAUACACAUUUGCAGUAUUGUUGCAUUCUUGUGCGGGUCUAUCAGCACUUGGGUGCGGGAAAACAUUACAUGCACGUGUUGAGAAGACAGGACAUGGAACUUUUGUCGUAGUGGGGAAUGCUCUAAUCAAUAUGUAUGUUAGGAGUGGCCAUAUUGAAGCCGCUAGGGCCUUAUUUUCAAACAUGAUAUGUCGAGAUACUGUUACUUGGAAUUUGAUAAUAUCAGGUUUCUCUCAUCAUGGGCUUGGUGAGGACGCAUUGUAUAUGUUUCAGGACAUGUUAGCUGCCAAAGAGCAACCAAGCUAUGUAACCUUUAUUGGGGUUCUUUUGGCUUGUGGACAUUUGGGUAGGAUAGAAGAAGGAUUUUACUACUUACAGCAUCUAAUGAGGGACUUUGGCCUUGAACCUGGGUUGGAGCACUAUACCUGUGUUGUAGGGCUCCUAGGUAAAGCUGGGAAACUUGAUGAGGCUGAGAAGUUCAUGAGGUCGACGCCAAUCACAUGGGAUGUUAUUGCUUGGCGUACUUUGCUAAAUGCUUGUAACGUCCACCGCAAUUAUGGUUUAGGACAGAAAGUGGCAGACCAUUUGUUACAAUUGAACCCCAACGACGUGGGAACCUAUAUCUUGUUGUCCAAUAUGCAUGCCAAGGUGAAAAGGUGGGAUGGUGUAGCAAAGAUGCGGAAGUUAUUAAGAGAAAGGAACAUAAAGAAAGAACCAGGAUUGAGCUGGACUGAAAUACGAAAUGAAACUCAUAUGUUUGUUUCUGAUGACACUCAACACCCAGAGACAGCUCAAAUCCAUGAGAAGGUGAGAAAAUUGUUGGCUGAAAUAAAACCAUUGGGUUAUAUUCCAGACACGGCUUCUGUCUUGCAUGAUGUUGAGCAAGAACAACAAGAGGGUUAUCUUAGUUACCACAGCGAAAAGCUGGCUGUCGCAUAUGCUCUCAUGAAAACACCAUCCCAAGCACCAAUUCAUGUUAUUAAGAAUCUCAGGAUAUGCGAUGAUUGCCAUUCUGCUUUGAAGCUUAUCUCGAAGGUGACAAUGAGAGUGAUAGUUGUAAGAGAUGUCAAUCGAUUCCACAGUUUUCAAAAUGGGUCCUGUUCGUGUGCAGAUUAUUGGUGAAUCAUCACAUGAUUGACAAUUAGUUUCUUCCAAGGUGUCGAAGGAUAUU